CUCCCUAGGAAGUGGAAUUACUCAGAAAUGAGAAAACAUAUAUUAGUAAUAAAAAAGAGCAGUUGAAGUUUCUUGUAAUUUUCCCUAAAAGGAGCACUGAAACCUCAGUCUGUUUCAUUACUUCCAAAAUUCUAGCUCCCCUCAGUCUUUUCUCUCUCUUCGUUUGCAAAUUUCAGAUUGGAUUUUUACUCACUCCGAUUCGACGCAUUUUCAACACAACGCAAGUGAUCAGGUUGGGAUCAAGUCAUUUCUUCUUCCCUAAUUUCAGAUCCACCUGUUCUAGCCCCAAUCUCAGGAGCACUGAAAUUUCUAGGAAGUGGAAGUACUCUGAAAAAUAUAAUAAAACAGAGCAGUGGAAGUUUCUUAUUGGAUUCGACGCAUUUUCAAAACUACGCAAGUCAGGUUGGGGAUCAAAUCUAUUUUUCUAAUGGCUUUAGUGGACAUGGAAAUGGACUCAUCAUCUUUCCCAAGUUCUUCCUCUUCUGCUGUUGCCCGAUGGAAUUAUGACGUCUUUCUCAGUUUCAGAGGCGAGGACACCCGCUACAAUUUUGUGGGUCAUCUUUAUGAAGCUUUGAUACAAAAAGGCAUUCACACUUUUAAAGACGAUAAAAACCUUGACAGAGGAAAAACCAUCUCACCAGAGCUGUUGAAAGCAAUAGGGGAGUCGAGAUUUGCUAUCGUCAUUAUCUCAAAAGACUAUGCAUCUUCAGCUUGGUGCUUAGAUGAACUUGCACACAUCAUUCACUGCAAGAAAAAGACGGGAAUGACAAUUCUACCUGUUUUUCACUAUGUGGAUCCAUCCGAUAUACGGAAACAAAUGGGAACUUUUGAGCAAACAUUUAUUGAACAUGAAGAAAAGGAGAACAAAGAGAGGGUGGAGAAAUGGAGAGAAGCUUUGCGAGAAGUGGGCAAUCUCGCUGGAUGUCAUUUAAAGAAUACUAGGUAUGAGACAGAAGACAUCAAAGACAUCAUGGGAUGGAUAUCACUUCACUUGAAAUAUGAUGCAUUCCCUUACAUUACUAGGGAUCUGGUAGGAAUAUACUCUCGAAUGGUGGAAUUGGAGUCGUUGUUAGCUAUAGGGUCAAACGAUGUUCGCUUUAUAGGGGUUUGGGCAAUGGGGGGAAUGGGUAAGACAACUCUUGCUAGAGUUGUUUACCAUAUGGUUUCUAAAGAAUUUGAAGCUUAUAGUUUUAUUGAGGAUGUUAGGGAAAAUUCUGAAAAACAUGGUUUAGUUGGACUACAACAGAAACUUAUUUCUAAUAUUUUGGAGGAAACAGAUUUGAAAAUCAGAGAUAAGUAUGAUGGAAUUCUCAAGAUCAGGAAUAGGUUAUGUCGUAAAAGGAUUCUUCUUGUUCUUGAUGACGUAAAUAAAUUAGACCAGUUAGAAAAUUUAGCUUGGGAGCAUGAUUGGUUUGGUCCGGGUAGUAGAAUUAUCAUAACAACAAGAGAUGUGCAUAUGUUGAAAACGCAUAGAGUUGAUAAAACAUACGAAGUUAAAGGAUUGUAUCAUAAAGAUGCUUUACAACUUUUUUGCUCAAAAGCUUUUAGAGAAGAGCAUGUCCCCCCAAAUGAUUAUUUAGUGAUGUCCGAAGAAGUUUUAAAACAUGCUGCUGGUCUGCCUUUAGCUCUUAAGGUUUUGGGUUCCUUCUUGUUUGGGAAAAGUACCAUUUUAUGGAGAAGUGCAUUGGAGAGGAUCAAAGAAAAUCCUAAGAAAGAAGUUUUCAAUGUACUUCAAAUAAGUUUUGAUGGACUCGAUGACUUAGAUAAGGAAAUAUUCCUGCAUAUUGCAUGCUUCUUUAAUCACAAGGAGAAGGAUCAUAUAGUAGAAGUACUAGAUAGUCUUGGCCUUCACCCUGAUAUUGGAUUGCAGGAACUCAUUGAUAAAUCUCUCUUGAAAAUUGAUGAUGAAGGUAUAUUGAGGAUGCAUGAUUUACUUGAAGAAAUGGGUAAGAACAUAGUUUGUCAAGAGUGCCCUAAUGAUUGUGGGAAGCGUAGUAGAUUGUGGCGUUAUGAGGACAUUGAAAACGUGUUGAAAAAAAAUAAGGGAAUAGAAAGAGUUCAAGCCAUGCAUAUUUUGCGUAAUUAUGAUGAUGAAGGAAAAGAGACAUGUUGGAGCCCUGAGGCUAUUUCGCAAAUGUACAAUCUUAAAUUUCUUAGCAUUGAUGGUAUUUUCCAUGUUCCUCAACAUCUUCCAAAUUCUUUAAGAGUUCUUUGUUGGAGGUAUUAUCCUUCAAAUUCUCUACCAUCAACUUUUCAGCUAGAUGAGCUUGUUAUGCUUCAUUUGCCAGAGAGCAGAAUUGAACAACUUUGGAUAGAACUAAAGGUAAUUAUGUGUUAUUCAGUAUCCUCACAACUUUGCAUUUAAAUUUCAAUAAAUCGGACACUAGGAAACUCAUCGACUUGACUUCUUUUUUAACUUUUUUUUUUCCUUCUUGAAACAGAAUUUUGACAAGUUGAAGUUCAUCGACUUGUCAGAAUCGUGCUUGAUUAUAUCUCCAGAUUUCACUGGAGUCCUAAAUCUUGAGAAAUUAACACUUUCAUAUUGUCAAAAUUUACGUGAGCUUCACCCAUCUGUUGGACUUCUUCAAAAGCUUGUUCUUCUUAAUCUAAAUUAUUGCUCAAAUCUUAUGUGUCUUCCUAGCAGCAUUUGUAGCU